UCAUCAACAAGAAAAUAAGAUUAAAAAGCGCCGUACAAAAUUAACUUAAAAGGAAAGCACAGCCAAAGCCAGAAGAGUAAUGAGGCAUCGAGCAGCGAGCUCUCACAGAGUUUGAAACCAGUACUUCGCAUUCGAAACCCUCUAAUCAUAAUUAAACCCUUCUCCUACCUCUCUUCCUUCUGUAUCUCCUCUUGCUAAGCCCUAAAGCUCAACCAAUCAGGGAAAAAGAAUGCUUGUUUUUUGGCUUUCUAGACGUGGGAAUUUGGAAUGACGUAGUGAUUGAGGAGAAAGUAUAAGGUGGGUUUUAUUUGGGUGUUGAAGGGUUGGUACGUUUGUUAUUUAUUUUUCCUAUCUUUUUGUUUGGGUUUGAGUAAUUUGGAAUGGAAGGAGGAUCUAGUAACAAUUCCGUGCCUCCUUCAGCUUCGUUUGACAAAUCAAGAGUUUUGGAUGUCAAACCACUGCGUAGUUUGAUGCCUGUGUUCCCAUCGAGUCCUCAGAAUCCUCCUUUUGUUUGUGCACCUCCUUCUGGCCCUUUCCCGUCUGGGUUUUCCCCAUUUUACCCUUUUAAUGGACCGCAGCCUGCUCCUCCUGACCUCAACCAACAUACCCAUACUCCAGAGCCACUUCGAUCAUUCCCCGCGCCACAGUCAAAUGGGAAGAUGUCUCGAGAUGGGAACGCAGAUGGUUCCACUGGCCCCCCAGCAAAGCGCCCUGUGGGGCGGCCAAGGUCGUCCUUCUCAUCUCAAAAGAAGGCCAAGAAAGACCUGGAUUUUACCUUGUCUGUUGUUGAUAAUAAUUUUGUUUUGGGGAUUACUCCCGCUCAGAAGGAGGAUGGUGAUACAGAAGUGGUGAAUAGUGUGCGAAUGAGGUUUGAUGCCCUUAGGAGAAGGCUUAGCCAAUUAGAGGAUGCUAAGGAAGCACCUAAUGGGGGGAUUAGGCGUGCUGAUAUGAGAGCAGCCAAUAUUAUGAUGAGCAAAGGGUUGAGGACGAAUCUGAGGAAGAGAGUUGGAGUGGUUCCCGGAAUUGAGGUUGGAGAUAUUUUCUUUUCGCGAAUGGAGAUGUGUUUGGUUGGGUUGCAUUCCCAGACCAUGGCUGGGAUUGAUUACUUGAUUGUAAGAGGUGAUGUAGAAGAAGAUUCUCUUGCUGUAAGCAUUGUUUCGUCUGGGGGGUAUGAUGAUGAGGCAGAGGAUAAGGAUGUCCUAAUUUAUAGUGGGCAGGGGGGCAAUGUUAACAACAUCAAGAAGGAUAAGCAAGCAGCUGAUCAGAAGCUUGAGAGGGGUAACCUUGCCUUGGAGAGGAGCUUGCAUCGUAACAAUGAGGUGAGAGUGAUUCGAGGUAUGAAAGAUGCCAACAGUUCAACAGCAAAGAUCUAUGUUUAUGAUGGUCUGUAUAGGAUCCAUGAGUCAUGGGUGGAAAAGGGUAAAUCUGGUUGCAAUAUGUUUAAGUACAAGUUAGUUAGGUUGCCCGGGCAGCCUGGUGCUUUUGAUGUUUGGAAAUCAAUUCAACAGUGGCGGCAAGGAUUUUCUUCAAGGGUUGGUUUAAUUCUGCCAGACCUGACUUCAGGAGCUGAAAGUCUCCCUGUUUCACUUGUAAAUGAUGUUGAUGAAGAGAAGGGACCUGCUUACUUCACAUAUUAUGCUACUGUCAAGUAUAUUAAAUCAUUUAAAUUAACAGAGCCUUCUUCUGGAUGCAACUGCCGUAAUGCAUGCACUCCGGGUAAUCUGAACUGCUCGUGCAUUAGAAAAAAUGGAGGUGACUUCCCCUAUAUUGCUAAUGGUAUUCUCGUUGGUAGGAGGCCAUUGGUUUAUGAAUGUGGUCCAUCAUGUCCAUGCAUUCCCAACUGUAAGAACCGGGUGUCACAAACUGGUUUAAAGGUUCGCUUGGAAGUAUUUAAAACAAAGGACAGAGGUUGGGGCCUGCGAUCAUGGGAUCCUAUUCGUGCUGGUACUUUUAUUUGUGAAUAUGCAGGUGAAGUUAUAGAAAAAGUUAAGGAAAGGCAGGAUGGCGAAGGUGAAGAUGAUGAUUAUGUGUUUGACACAACACGUGUUUAUGAGCCAUUCAAAUGGAAUUGUGAACCUGGACUAUUGGAGGGGGAUGGUGAUGAAACCACUGAGCAAUACAGCAUCCCUUCUCCCCUAAUCAUAAGUGCCAAGAAUGUUGGAAAUGUAGCUAGAUUUAUGAAUCAUAGUUGUAAUCCAAAUGUUUUAUGGCAACCAGUUGCAUAUGAACAAAACAAUGAGUACUUUAUCCAUAUUGCAUUUUUUGCUAUGAAACACAUUCCCCCUAUGGCAGAGUUGACUUAUGACUAUGGGACUUCCCAAAUGGAUGAGGCUGAUGGUAGUGAUGCAUUUCAUGGAAAAAAGAAAUGCUUAUGUGGAUCACCAGGAUGCCGAGGUUAUUUUGGUUGAAGAUUGUCUAUGAACUAGCAUGAUGGCUGCAAGCACAUCGUGGAUGAAUAGGUCUGAUUCCGUUACCUAGGAACAUGGCCGCAACCACAAUUUAAAACUGUGCUGCUGGGAGAAGAUGCAAUGGCCUAGAGGAGCUACUGUGAGAAGAUGUGAUGGCCAAUUGCUGUUCUUGGGAGUGCUGAAGCUAUGCCCUUUUGGAGAAUCAUCCACCAAUGUAAAAUGUUUAUUACUUGGACAGAAAUGGUUACAGCUUUCUUUUUGUGGUUUCUUCUCAUGCUUAGCCAGGUAGGAUAGGUCUGCUGGGACAGUUUCAGUUUGCAACCUCCAACUGAGGUCCUCUUAUAAUUUUGGGCAGGACUGCAAAUUAGUGGAGUUUGUUAGAUCUGGCAGUGUAAGGCAAUGCAAUGACAGACAUCAAAAUAGUAGUGUUGUUUUGUACUUGUGCUUGUAAAGUACUUUGUAUUGUGUCAAUUGCUGGGAAGCCAGUAACUUUGUCAGGGCCAUGGCAUUCAAGGUUCCAGCGGCUGGAACUUAUUUUCGUCUCUAGUUUCCUUUAAUGUAAUAUGACUUUUGAUUGUAUUGCUGUUUUAGCGCUGGGAAAAUAAUCUUAACUGCCGAUUUGCAUGUGGAUUUUGCUA